GCUGAAGGCCAGGGCCGGCGUCCCUCGGCCUGAGGAGCUUCAAGCUCCUAGGCUGGGGGUAAGAGAGGGGCUCCUGUCCGCUGAGCGCGCGGGGCCUCCCAGAUGUGUGGAACUGUCCCUGGAGCUGUAGCCCUUCGUCACCAUCUCUACCUCCUUCCUUCUGAGGGAUCCUGAAAUUUCUGUCAUGGAAAAGUACCACGUAUUGGAGAUGAUUGGAGAAGGCUCUUUUGGGAGGGUGUACAAGGGUCGAAGAAAAUACAGUGCUCAGGUGGUGGCCCUCAAGUUCAUUCCAAAAUUGGGACGCUCAGAGAAGGAGCUGAGGAAUCUGCAACGGGAGAUUGAAAUCAUGCGGGGUCUGCGGCACCCCAACAUUGUGCAUAUGCUUGAUAGCUUUGAGACUGACAAAGAGGUGGUGGUGGUGACAGACUAUGCUGAAGGAGAGCUCUUUCAGAUCCUCGAAGAUGAUGGAAAACUUCCAGAAGACCAGGUUCAGGCCAUUGCUGCCCAGUUGGUGUCAGCCCUGUACUACCUGCAUUCGCACCGUAUCCUCCACCGAGACAUGAAACCUCAGAACAUCCUUCUUGCCAAGGGUGGUGGUAUCAAGCUCUGUGACUUUGGGUUUGCCCGGGCUAUGAGCACUAACACGAUGGUGCUGACAUCCAUCAAAGGCACACCCCUCUACAUGUCCCCAGAGCUGGUGGAGGAACGACCUUACGACCACACUGCAGACCUCUGGUCGGUGGGCUGUAUAUUGUAUGAGCUGGCAGUAGGCACCCCUCCCUUCUAUACCACGAGCAUCUUUCAGCUGGUCAGCCUUAUUCUCAAGGACCCUGUGCGCUGGCCUCCCACCAUUAGUCCCUGCUUCAAGAACUUUCUUCAGGGACUGCUCACCAAGGACCCCCGGCAGCGUCUGUCCUGGCCAGACCUCUUAUAUCACCCCUUUAUUGCUGGCCGCGUCACCAUACUAACCGAGCCAGCAGGCCCAGAUUUUGGUACCCCGUUCACCAGUCGCUUACCCCCAGAACUUCAGGUCCUAAAGGACCAACAGGCUCUUCGGCUGGCCCCCAAGGGCAAUCGAUCUCACUUAUUGCGGCAAGCCUGUAAACGUAUGGCUGAGGAGGCCAAGCAGAAGAAACACCAGAACACAGGACCUCCCCUUGAGCAAGAGGAUAGGACCAGCAAAGUGGCUCCUGGCACAGCCCCUCUGCCCAAUCUCAAGGACACUCCUCAGGAACCAGGCCUCUUAACUGGGGUUGUAGCCUCAGAAAUGAAGAGCAGCUGGGCUGAGUGGGGUGCUGGAGAGGCACCCCCUGCACCUCGGGAAAACUGGAUCACCCAGGACUGUGAACGAGCGUUCCCAGAGCUGAGGCCAGAGGUGAUGGGCCAGCAGAGCCUUGAUGCGGUGGAUCUGGAAAAUGAGGAGCAAGACAGUGAUGAUGAGUGGCAACACCUGCUAGAGACUACCGAGCCUGUGCCCGUCCAGCUGAAGGCCCCUCUCACCCUGCUGUGCAAUCCUGACUUCUGCCAGCGCAUCCAGAGUCAGCUGCAUGAGACUGGAGAGCAGAUCCUAAAAGGCGUCCUGGAGGGUGCUCCCCGCAUCCUUCCUGCACUCCGGGUCCUGAGCGGUCUCCUCUCCAGCUGCAAUGACUCUAUUCCCUUGUAUUCCUUCUGCCGUGAGGCCGGGCUUCCCGGGCUGUUGCUCAGCCUCCUCAGACACAGCCAGGAGAGCAACAGUAUCCAGCAGCAAUGUUGGUAUGGGGCCUUCGUACGGGACCUGGUGGCCGUGAUUCAGGCCUACUUUGCCUGCACCUUCAAUCUGGAGAGGAGCCAGACAGGUGACAGCCUACAGGUAUUUCAGGAGGCCGCCAGCCUCUUUCUGGACCUGUUGGGGAAACUGCUGGCCCAACCAGAUGAUUCUGAGCAGGUUUUGCGGAGGGACAGCCUUAUGUGCUUUACUGUUCUGUGUGAAGCCAUGGAUGGGAAUAGCUGGACCAUCUCCAAAGCCUUCUACUCCAGCCUGCUGACUACACAUCGGGCUGUGUUGGACGGGCUCCUUCAUGGCUUGACAGUUCCACAGCUCCCUUUCCAUAGCCCCCCAGGCGCCCCCCAGGUGAGCCAGCCGCUGCGGGAGCAGAGUGAGGAUCUGCCUGGAGCCAUUUCUUCGGCGUUGGCAGCCAUGUGCACCGCUCCCGUGGGGCUGCCAGGCUGCUGGGAAGCCAAGGAGCAGAUCUCUCAGCAUCUGGCUGAUCAGCUCACCAAAGACAGCAACCACCUGAGGUCAUCCCUCAUCUCUGCCCUGCAGCAUCCCAUCUUGUGCCUACCCCUCCUCAAGGUUCUAUACUCCUGCUGCCACGUCAGUGAGCGCUUAUGCCAUCUUCUCGGGCAAGAACCCCUGGCCUUGGAGUCACUGUUGAAGUUGGCCCAGGGCAAGGUAAAGGUAAUAGAUAGGGAAGAGUCUACUGAAGUGACUCUCUACCUCCUCUCCCUUCUUGUCCUUCGCCUCCAAGAUCUGCCUUCUGGAAUGGAGAAGCUAGGCAGUGAGAUUGCUACUGUCUUUACACAUUCGCACGUCGUCUCUCUUGUGAGCGCAGCAGCCUGUCUGUUGGGGCAGCUUGGUCAGCAAGGGGUGACUUUUGACUUCCAGCCUGUGGAGUGGAUCGCUGCAGCCACACAUGCCCUGUCCGCCCCUGCAGAGGUCCGGCUGACUCCACCUGGUGGCUGUGGAUUCUAUGACGGCCUCUUCAUCCUUCUGCUGCAGCUCCUUACCCAGCAGGGGAAGGGUAAUCCAAUAAGGGACGUGGCCAGCUCAGAGAUGUGGACCGUUCUGUGGCACCGCUUCUUCAUGGCUCUGAGGCUCCCCGAGGAGGCAUCUACACAGGAAGAGGAGGUGUCACUGUCUAGCCCACAAAGCCCAGAGCCAGACUGGACGCUGAUCUCACCCCAAGGCAUGGCAGCCCUGCUGAGCUUGGCCAUGGCCACCUUUACCCAGGAGCCCCAGUUAUGCCUGAGUCACCUGUCUCAGCGUGGAAGUAUCCUCAUGUCCACCCUGAAGCAUCUGCUUUCGCCCAGCUUCCUGCAUCACCUGGGUCAGGCGCCACAAGGGUCUGAGUUUCUCCCCGUCGUGGUGCUCUCUGUCUGCCAGCUCCUCUGCUUCCCUUUUGCCCUGGAUGUGGAUGCUGACCUCCUUGAAGGUGUCUUGGCUGACCUCACAGACUCAGAAGUCACUGCCCACCUACUGCAGGUCUGCUGUCACCAUCUCCCUCUGACACAAGUUGAGCUGCCCAUCAGUCUCCUCACACGCCUGGCCCUCUCGGAGCCCACUUUUCUCAACCAGUUUGUGAACACAGUGGCUGCCUCCCCUAGAACCACCGUCUCGUUCCUCUCCAUUGCCCUCCUGGGUGACCAGCCUCUGCUGACGUCUGACCUUCUCUCCCUCCUGGCCCACACUGCCCGGUUACUGUCUCCUAGCCAUUUGUCUUUUAUCCACGAACUCCUGGCUGGCUCCGAUGAAUCCUAUCGGCCCCUGCGCAGCCUCCUGAGCCACCCAGAGACUUCUGUGCGGGCCCGUACUUACGGGCUCCUGGGACACUUGCUCCAACACAGCAUGGCCCUGCGUGGGGCCCUGCAGAGCCAGGCAGGACUGCUCAACCUUCUGCUGCUGGGGCUCGGAGACAAGGACCCUGCUGUGCGGCGUGGAGCCAGCUUUGCUGUAGGCAAUGCAGCCUACCAAGCUGGUCCCCUGGGACCUGCCCUGGCAGCCGCAGUACCUGGUAUGACCCAGUUGCUUGAAGAUCCUCAGGCUGGUAUCCGGCGCAAUGCUGUAUCAGCUCUGGGCAACCUGGGGCCUGAGGGUCUGGGGGAGGAGCUUUUACAGUGCCAAGUGCCCCAGCGGCUCCUGGAGAUGGCGUGUGGAGACCCCCAGCCAAAUGUGAAGGAAGCCGCCCUCGUUGCUCUCCGUAGCCUCCGACAGGAGCCCUGCAUCCAUCAGGUGCUGAUAUCCCUGGGCGCCAGUGAGAAAUUAGCCUUGCUCUCUCUGGGCAAUCAGUUACUCCCACACAGCAGUCCCAGACCUGCCUCUGCCAAACACUGCAGGAAACUCAUCCACCUCCUGAGGCCAACACAUAGUACAUGACCCCAGCUUCCUGGGGUCCAACCUUCCUUGCCCUACUGUUGCCAAUCCUUCCUUCUACUCAACAAGCCACCUACUGAAGAGACUGAAACAGACAAGCCGCCAAUCAGCUGAUUUGAGAACGAGAACCUAGAAGAGAUUUAUGUAUAAAGCUCCUCCUUUCCCCCAGAUUCAGGAUGAUUUUAACCAGUAAACUUCAUGAUUGUUGGUGCCAGAGGAGACGUGUUUCUUCUCUACAUCAAAGGAUCUUUUCUCCAAUAAUGUGCCUUUAAAUCCCAGGGACAUGCUUCCAGGAUACCUUCUGCCUGAGAGGUUUUCUUCCUUUCUGCAGCUCCUGAAAUCUUCCUAGCAGGUUCUUUUUAUUUAGACCUUAUUUUCAUUGCCCAUUGUCUGUAUUUGUAUUUUGGCAAAAAUAACAUGUUUUCUAGAGACCACCAUAAUUUCUUCCUAUCCAGAUUAUUUCAUUUCAAUUCAACAUAUUUAUUUGUUUUUAAAUUUAUUUUUAACACUUAUUUAUUUUUAAUUUAUUUAUUUGGUUGUGUCGGGUCUUGGUUGCAGCACACAGGAUCUUUUUUUCGGGAUGAGCCGGUUUCUCUAGUUGUGGGGCGUGUGGGCUCAGUAGUUGCAGUGAGCCAGCUUAGUUGCCCCAACGCAUGUGGGAUCCUAGUUCCCCCAACGCAUGUGGGAUCCUAGUUCCCCAACCAGGGACUGAAUUCAUGUUCCUUGCAUUGGAAGGUGGAUUCGUAACCACUGGACCACCAGGGAAGUCCCUACAUUAAUUUUUUUAUUGAAAUAUAGUUGAAUUACCAUGUUAUGUUAAUUACUGCUAUAUUGCAAAGUGACUCAGUUAUAUAUGUAUGUAUAUAUGUAUUCUUUUGCUGGGAAAGAUUGAGGACAGGGGGAGAAGGGGGCAACUGAGGAUGAGAUGGUUGGAUGGCAUCACUGACUCAAUGGAUACGAGUUUAAGCAAACUCCUAGAGAUAGUGAAGGACCAGGAAGUUUGGCACGCUGCAGCCCACGGGGUCACAAAGAGUUGGAGACAACUGAACAACAGUUCUUUUUCAUAUUCUUUUCCAUUAUGGUUUAUCACAGGAUAUUGAAGAUAGUUGCCUGUGCUAUAUAGUGAGACCUUUUUAUUUAUCCAUUCUAUAUAUACAGUUUGCAUCUGUUAAGCUCAGACUCCCAAUCCAGCCCUCUCCCAUUUCAGGAGCUCGCCCAGGCCCCUCCCCACUUGGCAACCCCCAGUCUGUUUUCUAUAACAUGUAUUUAUUGAGUCCUUUCUAUAUGCCAGAUAACCAUUCUAGGCAUUGGAGGUAAAACAGUGCUUGUUUGUCAGAGAUUUUCCAUUCUGGUCAGGGAGGUAGAGAGCUUAUUAAACUGAGUGAAUUGUUUAGUAUGUAUGUAGGAUUGUUUAGUAUGUAGGAAUGUGAUAAAAGCUCCAGAGAAAUGUAAAGCAGGAAGAAGGGGAUGAGGAGAGCUGAGUUGGAUAGCCAGGGUAGGCCUUACUUAGAAGGUGACGUUUGAACAAAAACAUUUGAAUGAAGCAGUACAGCUCUCUCAGGGAAACAACUAUGCCGGGAGAAUGGUCUUCAAAGGCCCUGAGAUGGAAGUAUGCCUGGAGUGCUGAAGGAGCUGUGAGGAGGCCGUUUUGGAUGAAAGAAGUGAAGAAGGGGGAGAAUCAUAGGAAAUGAGGACAGGAAGGUAAUGGGGACCAGAUGUAGGCCUUGCAGACCUUGUACUUUACACAGAGCAGGGAUCUAUUAGAGAGUUUGAUCAGAGGAGUUCUAAGAUCUACCUAUGUUCUAGAAGAUUGCCCUUCAUUCUGGUGUUGUGAAUGGACAGGGGAGUGGGGAGGAUGGGAAGUGGGGAGUACUUAGGAGGCUUUGUAAUACUCCUCAUGAGAGAUAGUGGUAUCCUGGACUGGGGUGGUGCCAAUGGAAUGGUAAAAAGUAGCCAGAUUUUGUAUAUAUUCUGAACAUGGAGAAAAUAAGUUUUCUGGACUGAUUGGAUGUGAGAAGGUAACAAAGGAAAGCAGUCAAGGAUGACUUUUUGGCCUGAACAGUUGGAAGGAUGGAAUUCCUGUUAACUGAAAUGGGGAAGGCCAUUAGUGAAGUGGUAAUGGGUAGGGAAACUCGAGUUUAAUUUUGAACAUAUUAUGUCUAUUAGUUGGAAAUUUUCAAAGGUACACACAAAAAGAUUAGUUCAGUGAAUGCCAUCGACACUUCAGUAGCUACCUUAUCCUUUUUUUACUUGAGUAUUUUAAAACAAAUCCUGGACAACAUAUAAUGCUAUCCAUGAGUACUUUGAUUACUUUGAGUACUUUUAUCUCUAACAAAUCAGAACUUUUGGGUUUUUGGUUUUAUCAAAACCACAGUACUUCCCUAAGACCUAUCUACAUUAAGACAAAUAUGUAUACAGUAUUGUAUCUUUAAAUCUGGAUAUUUUUUUCUUAAAUGAUAAAUUAGGGGGAAAUUACCUUGAAAAAAAAAGAAUUGUCUUUUCCAAAUAAUUUGUUAAAUACUAGCUUGAAAUAUCUUGCUUGUCUGGUACAUAAACAGUUUAAUGUAGAGAAGUCACACUUAUAUCAAAACUUUCUAGGCUAUGUAUUGCAUCAAACAACAAUCAGUUUAGAGGAAGCAUAAUAAGAAAAUAUGUUCCCAUCCCUGUGAGUUUACAAUCUAGAGGAUUGGAAAUGUGUAAACAGUUUUACACCCAGCAGUUAUCACAGUGCUGAGGGGAUUUGGAGUGAAGUCUGAGUGGUGCCUGGAAUUUAGAGAAUGUCUGGAAGGCGUGAGGAUUUGUGCUUCUUUUACAUGCAUACAUGAAGGAAAUGGCAACCCACUCCAGUAUUCUUGCUCGGAGAAUCCCAUGGACAGAGGAGCCUUGUGGGCUAUGUCCAUAGCGUUGCAAAGAGUCUGACAUGACUGAAGCGACUGAGCAUAUGUGCAUACAAGGGUGUAUGUAUUUUAACUUUUGGGGAGGGGAGAAGGAGCUUAAAGUUUUCUUUUCUUUUUUUUUUUAAACCCUUUUUUUCACUUUCAUUAAUUGUCUUACUAUGAAAGGACCUUCUCUAGUCUAUAAAUUCAGGCAAACACAAUAAAGAAAACCUUGUUGGGAAGAAUUUC